UGUGUCCGAUCCAAAAGCAAAACAAGGAAUUUAGGGUUUUUCUCUCCCCGAGCUUUUCCGUUGGGUAAACGACUACCGUUGAAUUGAUUUCUUCGAUUCGAUUCGAUUCUCUCUGCCGAUUUUUGAGGUUCCUUGUUUCCGCAGCUGCAAUCGUUUUCAUUAUCUCCUUCUUUCGUUGAUAAGUUUUCUUCUGGGAAGCUGCAACUUUUAUUUCUAGAUUUAGGACGUCACAAGUUUCAGUUAUGAGUGCAUCAUGGGCAGAUGUGGCUGAUUCAGAGAAGGCCGGUUCUAGGGCAAAACCUGCUUAUGUUCCCCCACAUCUACGGAACAGGCAAUCAGAGCCUGUUGCUCCUUUGCCUGAAAAUAAUCGUCCAGGGUAUGGUGUUCAACCAGCUGCGUCUCGAUGGACUCCUGGUGGUGCUGGUGGUGGCGCAGGCUACAGGGCUGAUGCAGGGCGUCCCGGAUAUGGUUAUGGUGGUGGAGGAAGCGGUGGUGGCUGGAACAACAGGAGUGGAGGGUGGGACCGUAAAGAACGUGAAGUAAACCCAUUUGGAGACGAUGCUGAUUUAGAACCCGUCUUUACCGAGAAGGAGAAUACAGGCAUUAAUUUUGAUGCCUAUGAAGAUAUUCCAAUUGAGACCAGUGGGGGAGACGUGCCUCCUCCUGUUAACACAUUUGCAGACAUUGAUCUUGGGGAGGCUCUGAAUCUGAACAUCCGGAGGUGCAAAUACGUGAGGCCAACACCCGUACAGCGUCACGCGAUUCCUAUACUGCUUGGAGAGAGGGAUUUGAUGGCCUGUGCUCAGACAGGGUCUGGGAAGACAGCUGCUUUUUGCUUUCCAAUAAUUAGUGGAAUCAUGAGAGAUCAGCAUGUACAGAGACCCCGUGGUUUACGGACGGUUUUCCCUCUUGCAGUCAUCCUCUCGCCAACAAGGGAGUUGGCAUGUCAGAUACAUGAUGAAGCCAAAAAAUUCUCCUACCAAACUGGUGUGAAGGUAGUUGUUGCUUAUGGAGGAACCCCCAUUAACCAGCAGCUCAGGGAACUUGAGAGGGGAGUCGAUAUUUUGGUGGCAACUCCUGGCCGGUUAAAUGAUUUGUUAGAGAGAGCUAGAGUCUCAAUGCAGAUGAUUAAAUUUUUAGCUCUUGAUGAGGCGGACAGGAUGCUGGACAUGGGUUUUGAACCACAAAUUAGAAAGAUUGUUGAACAGAUGGACAUGCCUCCACGUGGGGUGAGACAGACAAUGUUGUUUAGUGCUACAUUUCCAAGGGAGAUCCAGAGACUCGCAGCUGAUUUCCUGUCAAACUAUAUAUUUUUGGCUGUGGGAAGGGUGGGUUCAAGCACUGACUUAAUUGCUCAAAGGGUUGAGUUUGUCCAUGAGUCUGAUAAGAAAAGCCACCUCAUGGACCUGCUACAUGCGCAGAGAGAGAAUGGCGCCCAAGACAAGCAAUCAUUGACAUUGGUUUUUGUGGAGACAAAGAGGGGAGCUGACACUUUGGAAAAUUGGUUGUGCAUGAAUGAUUUUCCAGCAACCUCCAUUCACGGCGAUAGAACACAACAGGAAAGAGAAGUGGCACUGAGAUCAUUCAAAAGUGGGAGGACACCCAUUUUGGUUGCAACAGACGUGGCAGCACGUGGGCUUGACAUUCCACACGUGGCUCAUGUAGUGAACUUUGAUCUACCAAACGAGAUUGAUGAUUAUGUUCACCGUAUCGGGCGAACAGGACGUGCAGGCAAAUCUGGAAUAGCAACCGCCUUUUUCAACGAGAAAAAUGCAAUACUGGCUAGGCCGCUCGCUGAGCUGAUGCAAGAAGCCAACCAAGAAGUGCCUGAGUGGCUCACACGAUACGCUUCACGUGCCUCAUUUGGUGGUGGUAAGAAACGGGGCGGUGGUCGGUUUGGUGGCCGUGACUUCAGAAGGGAAGGGUCUUUCAGUAGAGGCGGAGGCGGUGGUGGUGGCAGUGACUACUACGGAGGAGGAGGGUAUGGUGGCGGUGGAUAUGGUGGUGGUCCAAGUGGUGGGUACGGUGGUGGUCCAAGUGGUGGGUAUGGUGCAGGAGUGACCAGUGCUUGGGAUUAGCCGGUUAAGGCCUCCCAAAUUUUCGUCCUUUUAACCUGACUUUAUAUUUCUUCUCUUCUACAUUCACAAGAGAGAACAUGUAUUUGCCCCCACCUCUUAGAUCUCUCAUUCAAGAGAUAGAUAUAACUAAUCGUGCAAUUAGGGGAGUCUCUGUUUUUGUUUUCAGGCUAUUUUUAGGAUUUGUCCUAAAAAAAUAGACAGUAGUGUUUUCCGAUUUUGAUCUUGUUCUCGUGUUUCUUCUAACAAAUUCAUUUGUUAGUUUGAAAUCCAAUUUGUUUUACAUUCCUUUGUUGUAGACAAUCUUUCCUGGUGAAAUACAAUCUAUCAUUACAGCC